AUGGUGAAAAGUUGUUGUGUUGUUGGGUGUACUAACCGAGCCACAAAGGACUGUAAGGUGUCGUUUUUUAAGUUUCCUGCAAAUAAAACGAAAAGGCGAGCAUGGGUUAAUGCUGUUAACAGGAAAGGCUGGUUGCCUAACAGCAGCAGCAGGAUAUGCAGUGAACAUUUCGAGACGGGUUGGCACUCGGAUGACCGUGAAGACCGUAAUUACAGGCCGACAUUAUUUUCUUAUAAGUGUACAAAGGAACAAAACAGUGAAAGAUUUACAAGAGCAUUCAGGAGAAAUCUGACAAAGACUUUUGAGGAAGCAGCUGCAAAACAAGAACAUUUAGAGAGAACCAGACUAGAGGCAUCCAUAAGAAUGCAUAGCUACAGUGUCCCUGAAGAGCAGCAGGCAUCUCCAGGGAAAUUGUACAAUGUAAAUGUAUUUCAUGAAGAUGAUGACAUUGACAUAGGUGUAGUCCUUACAGCUGAUGAAGGUUCACAGUGUGACACUGAUCCUCUUCUCCAAGAGAAUGCCUUGUUGAAGGAGGAAAACAUGCUUCUGAAGGAAAAGCUGCAUAAACUACAAUGGGGUGUAAACAAAAUUAAAGAUGAUGAUGUUGCAACAAGAUUCUACACUGGGUUGCCCAGCUUCCCUGUUUUCCUCUGGCUGUACAAGUACAGUAUUUUUAGAUUAGAACAGAAAAAUGCAUGUGCACAAGGGAGCUAA